GACAAGGCCACGCAAACUAGCAACCGGUGCCACGCAAACUGCCAACUGCCAUCUUCUUCCCCAGCCGCUGUGCCCGUCCCCCUGCCACCAAGGUCCAAGGUCUCCGGAGCGCGACCUGGCUGCAACGCAGGCAAUGGAGUCGCCGUUCCGCGCGGACCUGCUGAGGGGGAAGGCGGCGCUGGUCACGGGCGGGGGCUCCGGCAUCGGCUUCGAGAUCGCCGCGCAGCUCGCGCGCCACGGCGCGCACGUCGCACUCAUGGGCCGCCGCCGCGAGGUCCUCGACAAGGCCGUCGCCGCGCUCCGGUCCGAGGGCCUCAGGGCUGUUGGUUUUGACGGGGAUGUCCGAAAGCAAGAGGAUGCUGCCAGAGUGAUCGCAGCAACGGUUGAGCAUUUUGGCAAACUGGACAUUCUUGUCAAUGGUGCUGCCGGCAACUUCCUUGCCUCCCCGGAGGAUUUGAAGCCCAAGGGAUUCCGGACUGUUCUUGACAUUGACACUGUGGGUACAUACACAAUGUGUUAUGAAGCCCUCAAGUAUCUCAAAAAGGGUGGACCAGGGAGAGGUCCUUCCUCUGGUGGCCUCAUCAUUAACAUAAGCGCAACGCUGCAAUACACUGCCGCUUGGUACCAAAUUCAUGUCUCUGCUGCCAAGGCUGGCGUUGACGGUAUCACAAGAUCAUUGGCUCUGGAAUGGGGAACAGAUUACGACAUUAGAGUAAAUGGAAUUGCACCUGGACCAAUUCAAGACACUCCAGGAAUGAGGAAACUUGCACCUGAAGAAAUGGGCAAUAAGGGGAAACGAGAAACGAUGCCAUUAUUUAAGCUUGGGGAGAAAUGGGACAUAGCAAUGGCCGCACUCUAUCUAGCUUCUGAUGCAGGAAAAUAUGUAAAUGGGGCUAUAAUUAUUGUUGACGGAGGUCUUUGGUUGAGUCGCCCUCGCCAUAUUCCCAAGGAGGAAGUGAAGGCACUCUCUAAAGUUGUCGAGAAGAAGGUUAGGGCAUCUGGUGUUGGGGUGCCAUCCAGCAAAUUGUGAUGACAUCUUUGACUACGUAGCUCUUCGAUGUGUUCUGUACAACAUAUGUCUAUAUUGUUGUCCCACUAAUGUUGUCAGUUUGGCUAUGCCACCAGUCCAUGCAGAUGACUUGUUAGGGCUUGUUCGCUUAUUUUUAAUCCAUAUGGAUUGGAGGGGAUUGAUAUGGAUUGGGGGAGAUUUUCACUUACUAGGGAUUAAAACCCUCUCAAUCCAUAUGGAUUGGGGUAGAACCGAACAUGGCCUUAAGCGGCUGAGCAGUCCAUUUAGUUGAAGAAAUUCAAAUAUUUAUUACUGUUGUCGUCCAAUUUGUAUUAGAAAUAGUUGAGAUCGGUAUGGGAUCCCAACCAAGAGGUGCGUAUUGCCAAAUAUUUACAUGCUGUCUAUUCAGGUUGUCGAUUAAAAGGGUCAUAUUAAAGAUUU